AAAUGCUACAAUUUGAUUAAGAGAAACCAAUAGGAAAUUUAUAUAAAAUUACUAAUAAGCUUGGAAGUGGAUCAUUUGGUGAAGUAUUCAAAGGAUUCAACAUGGAAACUAAUGAAAUUGUAGCUAUAAAAUUGGUAAAAUUUGAAUUUGAUUUACCUUAUUUUAGGAAAGUUAAGAGGCUCAAAUGCCACAAAUUAAACAUGAGUUUUAAAUAUUAUCUGCAAUUUAAGGAAAUGGUAUAUUAUAUUAUAUUUUUUAAGGUAUUCCUAAAGUACAUUGGUUUGGGUAAUGGGAAGAUAAAACUGUGAUGGUUAUGGAAUUAUUGGGCUACAAUUUAGAGUAACUCUUCAAUUUAGUGAACAGAAGAUUCGAAUUAAAGACCAUGUUAAUGCUUAUAGAUUAAAUGGUAUACUAAUGAAAAAGAUCAAUUAGUUUUUA